AAAUCAAGUACUGUGGAGAAUUUUUUCUGUCUCGUUUUGCAAUGGAAUCGCAUGCCAAGGAACACAAUGUGUGAUGAAUGUGAAACAUUUUUUGCCCACAUAUGGACCUUGAAUAGACACAUCCUGAACUAUCACUCAAAGCAACCAAAUACUCGACGUGAUCAGAGUUACGAAAUGCAUCUCGACAAACCUUCUUUGCAGUCACAUAAGAGAAGGUCGGAUGACGAAGUGAAAAAGUACCAAUGCCCAAGUUGUACGAAAUUCUUUACACGAAAGCAAGGUUUGAAGAAUCACGUUGAUGCAUUCCAUUUACAGAAGAGGCAUAUAUGUAACAUUUGUGGCAAAUCUUUUCCCUACAAAUCAACUAUAUUCACACAUGUCAAUGCAGUACACAAAAAUGGCAAAAUAUAUCGAUGUCCACAAUGCGAAAGGUUCUUUUACCGAGGAGAUGAUCGGAACCGACAUUUUCAAAACGUACAUGAAGAAAAUAAACAGCUUGCCUGUACUCUUUGUUCUUUGCAAUUUUCCAGAAAAGUUGAUUUUAUUAGACAUAUGCGUUUUAUUGGAAAAGAUCACUCGUUCAUUCACUUUGGUCUAGUGGUGAAAACCACCAGAGUUUGUCCAGACUGUUUCAAAUUAGCAAAUACUGACCACGUCAGAGUCGACUCAGAGUCGAGACAUCGACUACCAUAA